GUCUUUCCACACCCAACUCCAUUCCCACCAUCACUAUCCCCUCCAUGAAUCUAACCUUCAUGGCCUCCUGCAAGCUUCUAGAGAUGACUCAAAAUGAGUUGUGAAACCAAGAGCGAGAGCUGUCGAUCAUUCGUUGGCGUCGGCAAUGUUGGUGGUUGCAGGCGAUGAGUGACGGCAAGAUUGAAGUCGAUUCUCCCUACCCAGCAACAUCUUCACCUCGAUUCCCCUUCGACCAGCGACGACUUCAACUUCCUCGAUCUUCGAUCUCAACUGCCAUCAGUUUUCUUUGUUCAGAUUUGUUGCGAUUUUUGUUUAAAUUAUGCUUCUGAAACAUUAUAUUUCUGCAAUUUGUUCAGAUAUUCCAUAUUUCUACAACUUCUUUCUAUUUGUUUCUUGUCUCGUGGUUGACGGUGGCAUAUUUUCUGGUUUGAGAUUUUUUCUACAUUUUUGCUCCGAAUGUUCUGAUGUUACGUUGUUGCUCGGAAAUUUUUCCAGAUCUAAGUUUUAUUCUGGAGCCUUAUAGAAUCACUGGGGAUGGAAUUUUCAAACCCCCCCUCACCUCCUCCUUCUCACAAUUCUCCUAUGAUUGGACUGAUUGGGAUGCUGGAGUCUCUCUCAGACCAUUAGAUGAGCGGAUUGGUUAGCCAAUAACGUUUUAGUGGUCCUUCGAAACUGCGACGAAUGAUGAUUAUCAUCUCUGCUGGCCCUACUUCUGGAUAACCAGUAACCCUUCAUUAUGAUUAUGAUUUUUUUUUUAAAUACAAUUCUUAUGAUCAUAAGUCAUUAUUGGUUGGCGCUACUCAUGUGGCAUCUAUAAUGGGUUACAAGUAACAAGCCAUUCUCGAUUUUUAUGGCCCAUUGUUUCAAAAAAAAAACCAAACCUGUCCCAUAAAACAAAAAAAAAGUGAGGUGACUUCUUGUCAGUUUGUGAGUGAGUGUGACCGGUUCCGUUCGGUUCUUCAUCCUUCCUCUCUCGCUCUUCUUACCACUCACCAGGACAUUCCCGAAGCCGAAACGAACAAAUACAAACAGGUCCCUUUCUAAUUUCUAUACAACAACAUUGACCUACACGGUUGUGUUUUCCCUUCAUUUGCCGAUUUCUCUACACCACUCUUCUCCUCUAUCUCUGCUAAUUGCCAACUCCAAUGGCGGAAACCACAAUCCGAUUCGGCAUCCUCGGCUGCGCUGACAUCGCCCGCAAGCUCUCGCGUGCCAUCACGCUGUCUCCCAACGCCACCCUCCAUGCCGUCGCCAGUCGCUCCGUCGACAAAGCCACCGCCUUUGCUUCUGCCAACGGCUUCCCUCCCGCCUCUAAGAUUUACGGCUCCUACGAAGCUCUCCUUGACGACCCCGACGUCGACGCCGUAUAUGUCCCGCUUCCUACUAGCUUGCACGUGCACUGGGCCGUCCUCGUCGCUCAGAAGAAGAAGCAUUUGCUGCUCGAGAAGCCCGUGGCUCUCAACGCCGCUGAGUUCGAUAAGAUCGUCGACGCCUGUGAAUCCAAUGGGGUGCAGCUCAUGGAUGGCACCAUGUGGAUGCACCAUCCCAGGACCGCUAAAAUGGCUGAGUUCUUGUCCGACGAGCGCCGUUUUGGUCGACUCCAAAAAGUACGCAACUUCGGUACUUCUCCGUGGAUUGGGUUGCUUUCACUUUGCUGCCUUGUGGUUCCAGAAUUGGCAUUAUUAUGCUACCCUGAUGUUUGUCCUGUACACGUGUUAUUUACGUAUGGUGCUGAUCCUGAUUUUCUUAAGAAUGAUAUUCGCGUGAAGCCGGAUCUUGAUGCUCUUGGUUCUCUGGGAGAUAUAGGUUGGUAUUGUAUAAGGGCAAUCCUGUGGGCUGCCAACUUUGAACUGCCUAAAACAGUCAUAGCCUUGCGUGAUCCUCAGCUCAAUGAAGCCGGGGUAAUAUUGUCUUGUGGAGCUUCUCUUUACUGGGAAGAUGGAAAAUCUGCAACCUUCCAUUGCUCCUUCUUGUCAAAUUUAACAAUGGAUAUAACUGCUAUCGGGACAAAAGGAUCACUACAUGUUCACGACUUCGUUAUCCCUUACCAGGAGAAGGAGGCUUCAUUUUUUGCAGGUUCAGAAUCUGGCUUUAAUGAUCUUGUGACAGCAUGGUCUUCAGAGCCAAGCAAGCAUAUAGUAACCACAGAGCUGCCUCAGGAGGCUCAAAUGGUGAGAGAAUUUGCCCGUUUGGUAGGAGAUAUUAGAUUUAAAAGUCUGAAGCCUGAGAAGAAGUGGCCAACAAUUAGUAGGAAGACACAGCUGGUGGUGGAUGCUGUGAAAGCAUCGAUCGAAAAAGGUUUCGAGGCUGUUCAUAUUCAGGAGCAAGCGUCUGUGGCUGUUUUAUCUGGACUUGACUAUCUGAAGAAAAAUCUGAUGGGGCGAUCUACCUGAACAAGCCAUUUAUCAAGUGAUGUCAUGUCUGCCUGUGUUAUGUUCAUUUCUGCCAUCCCUUCGGGAAAGGCAUUGGUUUUGAUUGGGUGAACGGAUACCAAUUCUUGUUUGGGAGCUGACCUAAUGAGCUGUUUAAAGCAUGUCAUGUUCUUCUUAAGUUUUUUUUUAGCCCUUAACUUUUCCCUUGUUUGUAGCAAUAAAUUCGAUGUGGCACAUACGUGUUAUGGCAGGCUGCGGUUGUGCCCGAUCAGAAAAAAUGGAUGGCCUGUCGGUCAUAAUGUGUUUUCUUGAUC